AUGUAUAAACUAACUCAUCUUCCUCCUGAAAUUAUCAUUAAAAUCAUCGAGUAUCAUGUAGAAGGCUUGGGUAUUUCCCUCCUCGGAAACAAACUUGUUAUUCUCGAAUCAAUUCAAUCAGCCUUGUUGUGGGAAAGAAUUUGCAAAGCCUUUUCGAAUGAGUCACUUAUACGAAACUAUUUGACUGACAACUUUUGGAAAAAGAUUAUUCUUGAAAACUUUGUGAGGGAAACUAUCGGAUUGGACAGCCAAACUCUGAAAUCAACACCUAGGAGGAAAAUUAUUGAACAUAUCAAAUCAAAACAAGAUGUAAAAACACUCUUGGUCAAUUAUCGAGAAUUCUUAAAAUUAAUUACUGACUUUCCACACUCAAUUUCAAUCUAUCAACGAUACUUCACUAGAAAGGAUGUAUUGGAAACAUUUCAAAUUGUAGUAUUGGGACAUCAUCAAGCAGGAAAAUCACAACUCGUCAAUUCAUUUCUUCAAAUUGAAACAAAUCAAUUGACCUCUCACAAUAAUGAAGUUUACACUCGUGUUGAGAAACAUCCAAUGACUCCUAAUCAAAUGUUUCGAAUGCAAGUAAUGGACACUCACUUUCUUCAUACCUGUUCUCAGCAUAUUUCACAAGCUCAUGCCAUUCUACUGGUUUGUUCACAUUGUCAAUUGGAGGAAACCUUGUUCGAAACUGAGCAAAUUCUCAAACGAUGCAUUGAAAUUAAACAAUCAUCUUCCUUUCCACUCAUUGUAGCCUUGAACAAAUCCGACGAAUCCAGAAAGAGUCUCAAGAAGAGACGUUCCAACAAUGAUUACAACAAUAACUCGAGUCCUUCAACACCUAAAUCACCAACCUCUAAUAACUGCUGUCAUGGCUCAUACCUACUUGCAGAUCCAUUCCUAUCUUCACCCCCACCAAUGUCCUCUUCAUCCUCUCCAUCAUCGACGAUAUUCAGCAGUCCUCCUCCAAUAUGUUGUUUCUCUGCUCCAAUCAUUACAGGAAACAGCCUUCUACUGAGCAAUAGUUAUAAUAACAAUAGCAACUGUACUCAUCACUUGAUGAAUACGAGUUCUGCGACCUUAUCUACCAUAGCCACAACAAUAACAACAACUACAGCCAUGAGUACUUCCAAUAUUUCUUCAUCAUACAAUGGAACACCAACAAGCCUUCUAUUGGGUUCUUCUUCUUCCUUCAUUCAAAACAACGUUGGAGGAGGUAAUUCUUCAACAUGUUGUUCUCAUCAUCAGCAUCAUGUAAGAACAGAGGAGGAUGAAUACAAAAUGAUGGAAAAUCUAUUAAUUCGCUACGGAAUGAUCAAUUAUCGAAUCAUUAGAACGAGUGGUAAGGAGAGGUCGAAUGUUGUGGAGGCUUUUGAUGAGUGUGUGUUGCGAGCUAGCUUGAAUCAUGCCAAGUUGAUGGUCGAUGUGAUUGAUGCGGCUGUUGUUCAUCACGUUGAAGCAACAGAAAAAUUCUUUAAAGCAGGCAUGCUACAGAGAAAACGAUGUGAUUUAUUGUGAUUUUUUUUAAUUUGGAUUUUUCAAAUAUUUUUUAAAACGUAACGGUUAUGAGCGGGAAUAAAAUUGUAAAUGAAGAUUAAC